CUCUCUCUUCCUCUCUCUUCUCUUUUCCCAAUUUUAAAAUUCUGCUGAUGAUGGUGCAGUUGAUGAGUACUCCAUUUAAAUAGUUUAAUUAUGGUUUUUGGGUUCCUUUUUUAAUCAAAAAAUAUAAAGCAUAUACUAAAUUAACCAUAUGUUUCCAGCAAAUGGUGGGUGUCUCCAUGUUGGAUCUCUCUCACUUCUUCUUUUUCUUCUUCACCUUGGUGUUCUCCUUCAACACUCUAGCUAACUCACUUUCUCUUCCCUUCAACACUUCAACAUCACUUGACUCUGCUGUUACUAACCUGAACUCACUCCCAACGUUUCUUUUCUCUUUGUUUUCAUUGCAUAUUAUGUAACGUUGCCACCUUUGACUUGUUUUGUGUGUUUUUUCUUCUUCCUCUUUCCUCCUUUGAGUUGUCUCAUGGCUCAUGUGCUUAUCUCUUCUUAAUGUCUGAAUAAAUAUGCACAAACCUAUGUCUCAAAAUCUUCACUUUUCUUUGCUCUUUCUUCUGAAAAUCAAUCCUUGGUCCUUGUGUUAACUGUUCUCUAUGAAGGCUGAUAUAUCAACCAACUUCUCAUGAUGUGAAGCAUUUUAGAUUUUGUGUUGGGGGCGUCUUUAUCUUUCAUAAGGUUACUGGAAAUUCAUUUGACUAAGGGGAUUGAGGGUUUCCCUGAUCAAUAUUCAACAGAGGACAGAUAGAAGGAGCAUUUCCAAGAAAUGACCUAUUAUGAUUAGUGAAAAAGCAUCACCUAUCCCAACCUUUGAUAGUGGCUUUUGUUUCAGUUACCAUAAAAAGAUGAGAGUUCUGGAGUUAUCACCCUCUGAUGGCAAUGGUUCCUCUGAUAAUGGAGAUGAACCUUUACCUCAGGAUGCAGAUUAUAGCAAUGUUCUGAGUCUCAGCGAUGAGCUAGAGACUUCAAUCUUGGCAAGAUUUCCAAGAUCACAGCACUGGAAACUAUGCUUUCUCAACAAGCGGUUCUUAACUCUAGCAAGGAGUGGUGAGAUCUACAAAAUCAGGAGAGAGUUAGGAUUCAAAGAGCCUUCGGUUUUCAUGUUAGCAAGUGGGGAUUGCAAUUGGUGGGGAAUGGAGUGGCCUUUUAAAUCAAGCAAGAAGCUCCCUCCUAUUCAAUCAGAUUAUAGUUUUGAGUUUGGAGAUAAGGAGUCAUUUUGUGCAGGUUCCCACUUAUUAGUCUCAGGCAAGGAGAUUGAUGGAACUGUUAUUUGGAGGUUUGAUUCAAUAAGAAACGAAUGGCUCAAAGGGCCAUCUAUGAUCAACCCUAGGUGUCUUUUUGCAUCAGCCACAAGUGGUGCCUUGGCUUUUGUUGCUGGGGGUCUUGAUGCAAGAGCUUACUCCUUCCAAAUCUUGGAUUCUGCUGAGAAGUACAAUUCUGAAAGCCAGUGCUGGGAACCCCUCCCAAGGAUGAACAAAAGGAGAAAGUUUUGUUCAGGCUGUUUCAUGGAUAACAAGUUCUAUGUCCUUGGAGGACAAGAUGAACAUGGGAAGGACCUCACUUGUGGGGAAUUCUUUGAUGGGAAAACAAACAAUUGGACCUUGAUUCCUGAUAUGUGGAAAGAUAUUCCACUUUUUGUUUCACAAUCUCCACCUCUUCUUGCUGUUGUGAACAAUGAGUUGUACACACUGGAUUCUUCUUCCAAUGAGCUGAAAAUGUAUGAGAAGGGAAGCAACUCAUGGAAGACUUUAGGAGUGGUUCCUGUGAGGGCUGAUGCACAAGGAGGUUGGGGUGUGGCAUUUAAGUCUCUUGGUGAUGAGUUACUUGUUAUUGGUGCACCUUCUGUAUCCCACUCCGAGCGUGCCUUGUCUAUGUACACAUGUUGCCCUGAUCCUGAUGAUGAGAAAUUGAGGUGGAGGCAAAUUGGAUGUGGCAACAUUCAGCUCAAUCACUUUAUCCGAAAUUGUGCUGUGAUGGGAACCUAAAUUUUCAGCAACAAGAGCUUGGAAUCAAUAUCAAAAUAAAACUUGGAGGUUAAUCUGGAGUGUUGUCUCUAAUACAAGCUGCAUUCAUUUGAUGAUUUUAUCUUUGUUUCUGUUAUGACACAUGUUGUCACUUUGAAACAACUUAUUGUUAGGAAGCUUGUUGAUGUAUCUUCUACCUUUCAUCUUUAACUUAAGUAGGAGUGAAAAUGGCAAGUAUUGUCCUAUUAUUGUGGGUGAAGAAAAACGGAUUAUGAGAUUCAAAGCUCAAAUGCUACUUUUUCCCGCUUGUUCUGAUGCUGAUUAUGUCAAGAUCUCAAAUCAUGUUAUUCAAUAUCAAAUUUGAAUCAUUUGCUUCA